GGCUCUGGGGCGGCGCUGACAGUCUGGUCCGCGCCGGGCAGCGGGCGCAGCAGCGGGCAGGGCAGGCGGCCGGCAGGCACGGAGGCAGAGCCCCGCCGCGCGCGCCCCGGCCCGCGCCCGGCGCCGCGCCCCAGCCCGCCCGCGGGGCGCCCACCUGCCGCCCCGACGGGAGGCCCCCCGCGACCGCAGCCGCUGCCCCCGGCCGGGCGCCCGCGGCGGCACCAUGAGUCCCCGCUCGUGCCUGCGCUCGCUGCGCCUCCUCGUCUUCGCCGUCUUCUCGGCCGCCGCGAGCAACUGGCUGUACCUGGCCAAGCUGUCGUCAGUGGGGAGCAUCUCGGAGGAGGAGACGUGCGAGAAGCUCAAGGGCCUGAUCCAGAGGCAGGUGCAGAUGUGCAAGCGGAACCUGGAGGUCAUGGACUCCGUGCGCCGCGGCGCCCAGCUGGCCAUCGAGGAGUGCCAGUACCAGUUCCGGAACCGGCGCUGGAACUGCUCCACGCUCGACUCCCUGCCCGUCUUCGGCAAGGUGGUGACGCAAGGGACUCGGGAGGCGGCCUUCGUGUACGCCAUCUCUUCGGCAGGUGUGGCCUUCGCGGUGACGCGGGCGUGCAGCAGUGGGGAGCUGGACAAGUGUGGCUGUGACCGGACAGUACACGGGGUCAGCCCGCAGGGCUUCCAGUGGUCGGGAUGCUCGGACAACAUCGCCUACGGCGUGGCCUUCUCGCAGUCGUUCGUGGACGUGCGGGAGAGGAGCAAGGGGGCCUCGUCCAGCCGGGCCCUCAUGAACCUCCACAACAACGAGGCCGGCAGAAAGGCCAUCCUGACACACAUGCGGGUGGAGUGCAAGUGCCACGGGGUGUCGGGCUCCUGUGAGGUAAAGACGUGCUGGCGAGCCGUGCCGCCCUUCCGCCAGGUGGGCCACGCACUGAAGGAGAAGUUUGACGGAGCCACCGAGGUGGAGCCGCGCCGCGUGGGCUCCUCUAGGGCGCUGGUGCCGCGCAACGCACAGUUCAAGCCGCACACGGACGAGGACCUGGUGUACUUGGAGCCCAGCCCAGACUUCUGCGAGCAGGACAUGCGCAGCGGCGUGCUGGGCACGAGGGGCCGCACGUGCAACAAGACGUCCAAGGCCAUCGACGGCUGUGAGCUGCUGUGCUGUGGCCGUGGCUUCCACACAGCACAGGUAGAGCUGGCCGAACGCUGCAGCUGCAAGUUCCACUGGUGCUGCUUCGUCAAAUGCCGGCAGUGCCAGCGGCUCGUGGAGCUGCACACGUGCCGGUGACCGCCUGCCCCGCCCUGCGCCCAACAACCACCUCGUGGCCCGGGGAAGGCCGAUAAUUUAAACAUUCUCCCACCACCUCCCCCAAGAGAUACUGGUUGUAUUUUU